AUGGCAGCCUCGAUUCCUAGACCUUCGAGGCCAUCAUAUGGACCACCUACAAGCGCUUUACCAGCACUACCGACUAUUAAGAGCCGCAAAAGUAUCGGCAACAUCCCCACACGAUCGGAACUCAGUAAUGUCGACGGAUCUCAUUCACAACUCCCAAAAUCUUCAUUGCGAGCUCCUUCAGCCGCUGGGCUCCCACAGCCAACACCAAACACUGCAGGCUCAAGUACUGGCACGACUGUUAACAAAUUACGGCAGGCCCCGGGUGUCAAUGGGGCUGGGAAAACCAUCAGAAAGACAAUCAGCAUUAAUAACUUCCCGCAACCGCCUCGAGGAGGUGUUAGAACGUCUAGUCUACCACCUAGCCCGUUAUCUGGCGGCGCUGUUCCAGGAAACACAUCAAAUGGAGUCGCAAGUAGGAGGGAAUCUAUCAAUACCAGUCCAACCACACCUAGUAGCAAGGUCCGAAAACGCCCCAAAACUGGGAGUGGCACAGUUUCACAAAGUUAUGUCAAUAGCGCCACACCGAGCCUUCUAAAUGGCAGCGGCGACAGUCGGUCAAUUUCCAGCGGACCAGGAGCCCGCGGAUCAGAUGGUUUAUUAAGCCUUCCAUCGCCACCUCAGAGCCGAAGUUCGUCAGCGCAGGAUUCGUACUCGACAUCAGCAACAACAUUUGAAGAUACUGGGGAUGGUCCUCGCGGUCGAGAAGCUUCUGCGGAAACUACGGGUGACAAAGGAUCAUCGAAACCUACGGAGGGUAAGGGUAAUGUAAUUGUUAGCGUUCGGGUGCGCCCAGAUGCAAACGACAGAAAUAAAGGUGAUGGAGACUGGGUAGUCGAUGGAAGGAAGAAAAUGGUGUCAUAUCGAGGAAAGGAAGGAGGAGACUACCAUUACGGCAAGUAUUCGCGCUUUUCCGUUUACGACUCUUCCGCGAAGAGGCUCGUCCGACGGGUAAUGGAAGGAUAUCACGGGACGGUAUUUGCUUACGGAAUGACCGGAACGGGCAAAACAUUCUCUAUGCAAGGCACUGCGACAUCACCAGGUGUCAUACCUCUUGCGAUUACGGACAUAUUCUCAUACAUCCGCGAAACUCCUUUACGAGAGUUCCUCCUUCGAGUCAGUUACUUGGAGAUUUACAAUGAGAAGAUUCAUGAUCUGUUGAGCGCCCCAGUUGCUGCGGCGAACGGUCCUGGCGCCCCCCAACAAGAAGAGAUCAAACUUCGGGAAGAUAGCAAGCGAGGUGUUUAUGCAAGUCCGUUGAAGGAGGAGAUCGUGCAGAGCCCGACGCAGCUUUUGAGGGUGAUCGCUAGGGGCGACAAUGCAAGGAGAACCUCAAGUACGCAAUUCAACGCAAGGAGCUCUCGAAGCCACGCAGUCGUUCAGAUUGUGGUAGAAAGCCGAGAGCGUAUUCCUGGAAAUGGAGCUAUGAGUGACAAUAAGCGGUCAGGAAUGGUGCCUGGUGGUGUUCGAGUUUCGACUCUUAGCUUGAUCGAUUUGGCCGGUUCUGAACGUGCCGCCGAAACAAAGGAGCGAAGAACCGAAGGUUCUCAUAUCAACAAGAGUUUACUGACUCUUGGUACCGUCAUUGCUCGCCUCUCGAAUGAUAAGGACGUAGAUGGGAAGCCAACUGAUAAGGAUGGAAGGCAUCUUCCCUAUAGAGACAGCAAACUUACCAGAUUACUGCAAGGGGCCCUUUCGGGAGAUUCUCUCGUCAGUAUUCUUUGCACCAUUCAGACUGGGUCAACUGGUAGCGCAGCAGCAGCAAACAGCCACACUGGUGAGACUCUGAAUACCUUGAAGUUCGCUUCCAGAGCGAAGAACAACAUCGUCAGUCAUGCGAAGAAGGCAGAGGAGGCCUUAGGUGCAGGUGGCGAUGGCGGGGCCAGGGUCCUUUUGGAAAGAUAUCGGAUGGAAAUCUUGGACCUGCGUAGCCAGCUUCAAGGACAAACAACGGCAAAGCAUGACGACGAUGAAGAAAAGCGUGAAAAGGAAGCUGAACUACGUCAUGAAGAGCAAAUGCUAGAAAUGCAACUGGCUCGAACAGCGUUGAAGGAGAGAAUUGAACACCUGAAUCGUCUUAUAUUGAGCUCCAAGUCGACCGGUGUUAACGCCAGUGGCUCGUACUCUUCGCUGGGUAUGAACCCAAGACUCUCGACAAUGACUACAACCACCAUGUCCGGUCGGUCGUCCUUAGUACCCUCCCUGGCACCCUCUACGAUAGGUCGGAACUCGCUCGAUCGAAGCUCGUCCGUAAAUUCGGUAUCAACUGUUGGGCAACUCCCCGGGCGACGAAAAUCAGAAGCUGACCAUGGAUCAUUGGACGAUGAGGACUCAACGGGCGAAUAUGGUGAUGGGACUGCUUCUCUGGCGGCCCAAAAUCGAGCUCUUCAAGCGGACUUGGCAGACAAGAAUCGAUACUGUCAAACCUUGGAGAAGCGCCUGCUCCAGGCCAGACGUUCGAGUCACUCGAGAACAUCAGUCGGGUUCUCGAACCCGGGCAAGUCAAGUGUAAUGGUAGGCGAGGAUCAUAAUGUGGCGGCAAUUCUUAAAGAGAAGGAUGCCGUGAUUGAAGAGCUUCGCGCUCAAAUUGACGACAAGGACCGCAUGUUGACAGCCCUGCGAAGCAUGGCUCGCGCGCGCGAUACUGCGGAGCGAACAGCGUCAACGCCAUCGUUACAGCUGCUAGAGAACGGGCCACUGACUCCAGCCUCUACUCGCACAUCACAAUUGCUUGAUGGGCCUACUUCUCCCCGGUUGACUACGGAGACCCUAGACCUCCUCUCACCGAAGAUCCGCAAGCGUACAAAGAGCGUGGAUGAAAUGAGCAAGAUGCUCGAUGAGAUGAUCCAGGACCGUGUCGAGAGUGGACAGUUGGUCAAGAGUGUCAAAGGCAGUGUUCGUCUUCCCAGUGAUCGGAAGCGCGAUACUACGGUUGAGGCUAUGGAUCUCAAGAGCUCGCUGCCUCUGCCUGGCGAGAACGCUGUGCUGGUUUCGGACGUCCAAUAG